AUGGAAGAUUUACACAUUAACAACACUUCACAGGACAACAGCGACUACUACAGCAACAUCAUCUUUGACCACUUUAAUUUCAGUGACUUCCAUGACUAUUUCGAAGCUGAAUUCAUCAUAAAUGUGGUGACAUGCGUAAUCUUAAGUAUCGGCCUGCCUUUGACCCUCAUGGCCAUCUAUGCUCUCUACUCUCAGGUGAGAAAUGAUCAUGUUGCUCCGAUCUACAUCAUCAACCUUCUCAUCUCUGACGUCAUUCAGUUUUGCUACAUGAUCACUGAGGUGGUGCUUGCCAAGAACCGUAUGAUAUACGUCAUCUUCUUUAACAUAUACAUCUAUUGUCUGCAGGCCAGUGUUGGCUUCAUGGUGUGUGUCGCCCUGGAAAGGUAUUUGGUCAUCGCCUGCCCACUGUGGUACCGCUUCAGACGAACCAUCAAGAUCUCUGUGCUGGUCUGUGUUGUGGUCUGGGUUUUUCCUGCUCUCAGUCACAUUGUCUCUUUUUGCUCGGACCCUGAAACAGCCGAAAUCAUUGUUGCCGUCUUUUUACUCCUUCCCCUCCCACUGCUCAUAUUUUUCCUGGGUGGGACCCUCAGAGCUCUGUCUGCCACCAACUCGGUCCCAUUUGACGAAAAACGACGAAUUAUAGGACUGUUGGUCCUGGUGCUGCUGAUUUACACGCUGCUGUUCCUGCCCACUGUCAUUUGGUUCAUUGCAACAUCAAACAGAAAUAAUUACAUUCUUUACAUGGCGUUUCCUGUGUUACUUAAGUUGAGUCCUCUUGCAGAUUUAGUUCUGUAUGUUUUCAUGAGGAAAGGUGCCAUAGACAGGGUCUUGGCCGCUGUGUGUUGUUGCAGAAUGGACAGCAAUGAAACCAGGAGUAAGGCAGUAUCAGUGGUGACAACACAUCCACAGUCAGCUUCAAGUAGGCAAAGACAGAGGGACACAGAGACAGAGAUAGAGGAGGGAACAGAAGACAUGUAG